CGGUGGCGGCCUUAUUGCUUUAAUUUUCUUUUUUUCCCUCAUUUUUUUAGGGUUGCGGUGUUUCCAGGUUCACUGAAGGGGAAAUUAUCCAUUAAUUCCCACGUCGUCAGCGAAUGUGUGCGCGCGUGUUUGUGCGUGUGCGUGUGGAGAAAUGUAGGAAGUAACGAUAACUUUCCGCCAAAGACGACGAGAAGACGGCAAUCCUGCAUUUUUCACAAGGACAAGGACAUUUGCAGAAGGAAUUACGACCAUAAAUAUAGACUAAAACCUCCUUUUUCUGAUCUUUGGGAACUCUUUAUUCGCUUUUCAGUUCGUAUUUCAGCCUGUUUUUUCUUUUCUUUUAUUUUCUUUCAUUUCAAGUGAUGUUUUUCCCCUGAAGUUGUGUGACAGGAGUUAGUCAACGUCUGUUUUUCUCCCCUGCCAGUGUUUUUUCCAGCCUUCAAAGAUGCAAUGAGACACUUUCCUUAAAGCGCCUGGUGGGCUGUGAGUUAUGCAGAAGCCCGUCUCUGGGUCAGGAUGAGCACUACAGAUGGAGCUGGGAUCCCUGAGCACGACGAAGAUGCCCGUGUGGUGCAGAUCUACCCCAGGCUGCCUCUGGAGACAGAAACCUACUGUCCCCUGCAGGUCAGCAUCAAGGACACGGCGAAGACUGUGAUCCACAACGUUGUGGUCACGCUGGGCCUGGACUCCAGCCAGAGCUACAGCCUCCUGGAGGUGAAGGAGAGCGGCAGCAAGGAGACGCCGUUGGACGAUGGCGACCGCCCUUUGGAGCGAGUCCUGUGUUGGCCGCCGGAGACACAGAAGUGGCACCCUCCCAGUCAGGGCUACUACUUCGUCCUGCAGCAGAGUAACAACGGAGCGAAGCAAGUCGCAACGUCUAAGGAGGAGUCUGACGACCUCUGCAGCCUCCCGUCUGUGACCCAGGAGGCGGUGCUGCAGGUCUUACGCCAGCGCUUCCACAAGCACAAAAUCUACACCUACAUCAGCAACAUCCUGGUCGCCGUCAAUCCCAGCAAGUUUUUACCUCUUUAUUACAACCCAAAGUACGUGAAGCUGUACGAGAACCAGCCGCUGGGCAAACUGAGCCCGCACAUAUUCGCCAUCGCCGACGUGGCGUUCAGAACCAUGCUGAGCCGGCAGGCGAACCAGUGCAUUCUGAUCUCUGGAGAAAGCGGAUCGGGGAAGACUGAGAGCAGCAGCUACCUCAUCCACUGCCUGACCACACUCAACCAGGGGAAGUUCUCCGGCGGACUGGAGCGAGCCAUUCUGGGGGCCGGCCCGGUUCUAGAGGCAUUUGGCAAUGCACAGACAGCAGAAAAUAACAACUGCAGCCGCUUUGGGAAAUUCAUCCAGCUCAUCUACCUGGAAAAUGGCGUCAUCAGAGGAGCAUUUAUUGAGAAGUUUCUGCUGGAAAAGAACCGCCUGGUGUCUAGAGCUAAAAAUGAAAGGAACUUCCAUGUUUUCUACUGUUUGCUGAUGGGCGCGUCUAAAGACGAGCAGGAAGAAUUUCAUCUACUGAAGCCGCAGGAUUAUGUUUAUCUCAACCAGGGGGAAUUUAAUUUAAACGAGGAGGACGAUCCAAAACAGGAAUACAAAAGACUUCAACAAGCUAUGGAGAUGGUUGGCUUUUUGACCGCCACUAAAAAAUGCAUUUUAUCUGUGGUCUCCGCCAUCCUGCUCUUGGGAAAUGUGACGUUCAGUCAGUCAAAGGAUACUGAAGUCCUGGAGGCCGGACCUGCAGAGGUUUUAUCUUCACUGUCACACCUACUUAUGGUGAAAAAGGAGCAGCUGGUGACGACUUUAACCAAGAAGAAGGUAGUGACUGCGGCCUCCACUGUGGUUUCAUACUACACACGACAAGAGGCCGUGUCAGCUCGUGACUCCAUGGCGAAGAGUUUAUACAGCGCUCUGUUUGACUGGAUCAUCCUUCACAUUAACCACGCAAUGCUCAACAGACGGGACCUGGAGGAGUCCGUCUCUUGUUUGUCCAUUGGUGUCCUGGACAUGUUUGGGUUUGAGAACCUCCAGAGAAACAGUUUUGAGCAGCUAUGCAUCAACUACGCCACUGAGAAGCAGCAGUUUUACAUCAACCAGAACAUCUUUAAGCUUGAGCAGGAGGUCUAUGUGUCAGAAGGCAUAACCUGGGAAAACAUCAACUUUAUUGACAACAGUGACUGCAUCCAGCUGAUCAGUGACACAUCAGUAGGACUCCUCCACUUGUUGAACAAGGAGAGCAAGUUCCGUCUGACCCCUGAUGAAACCCUGCUGGAGAAGUUUAAACAGCACCAUCAGAGCAACCCUCGCUUUGGGUUCUCUCCCUUCAAGCAGGACACUUUUACCAUUGAACACUACGCUGGGAAAGUUAAAUAUCACAUAAAGGAUUUCAAAAAGAAAAACACGGAGUUCAUGCGUCCUGAAGUCGUGUCUCUUCUGCGAAGCAGCAAGCGCUCCUUCCUGCAUCACUUGGUUGCAACCAACCCUGAAGCUUUGUUCAGAUGGAGCAUCCUCCGAGCGACCAUUCGCAUCGUCUCAGUCUUAAAAAAACUCCUAAAGCAGCGGACUGAAUGGACUACUGGAAAACAAACCCCACGCACGCCAAUCCGCACGCCAAUCUCAGCCUUAAAAAGGCGCAGCAGUUAUCUGGACAGACUGACUGGCAAUACUCUGGAUUUCUCCUUUGAUCACUCUGAUGAACAAUCACUCAAUAUGUUUGAGGACAUCUUUGUCAAUUAUGAAGAGAAAAAGAAAAAUAGAGGUAGUCGACAAAAGCAGAUCAUUCCAAAGAACCUCAUGAAUUUGAGUUCACUCCAUCACAUCGUUGGUCUGAUGAAGCACGACAUAACGAGCAAAUCUGUCUUCCACCCUAUCCGGCGAGCAGAUCCACCCACAGUUGGCGCUCAGUUUCAGACCUCAUUGGGAAAACUGAUUGAGACGUUAGAGAAAGCAGAGCCUUUCUUCAUUUUCUGUCUUCGCUCUAAUGCUGAAAAGAAACAGCUGCACUUUGAUGAUGAAGUGGUGCUAAAUCAAAUCAAGUACACUGGCAUACUGCAAAUGAUUCACAUGCAGAAGUCAAGCUACAAAGCUAAAUACACAUUUAAGGAAUUUGUUGAGAAGUUCAGGAUUUUGCUUCCAAAAGGAACGACUGGAUCCCCACAGGAGAUAACUGAACUAUUUGAGAAGAUGGGAUUGGAAAAGAGCACCUACCAAAUAGGAAAAACUAAAGUCUUUCUGAAAGAAAAGGAGCGUCAGCUACUCCAGAGCACUCUGAACAAAGAAGUGAUGCAACGGAUCGUCACCCUGCAGCGCUGGUUCCGCGCCUGUCUCAUAAGGCUGCACUUUCUGCAAAAGAAGGAUGCCACCAUGAUCAUCCAGAGGAGCUGGCGGGAGUUUUUUGAGAAGCAAAACCGAGCUGCAACAGUAAUCCAGAUGGCGUGGCGUAUUUCCCAAUCACUAGACCUCGAGGACCAUGAAAAUCGUUCCAGUUCUCUGCGUGGAACCAGUUCAAUGAAACAUGCAUUGAAGAGGCAGCAAAACUUGGAGAUCCAAUCGCCAGAGCCAGCCAACAACCAGGCCGCAAAGGAGAACGAGAGCAAGCAGAUAGGCGACGGCAAAGCAUCUGUUCCCCAGCUGAACAGACCCUUCUCCGUCCCCCUGGACUCUAAAGCUGGCAGCAGUAACCCUUCAAUGUGCAAGCAAUACAAGGGCAACGACAGAAUGAGGGAGAUAUCCAGUGAAGAUGAUCUGACAGACACAUCAAGUCCUGAAGUACAUCGAAGGAGAGACAGGAGAGAUGACAUUCGUAAAGCAGUUUCUGUUGAUGAACUGUCGAGCUCCUCUGGCUGCGAAAGCUCCUCCAGUCCCCAAAUGGGAAGGGUUCGUCUCCGCAAGCCGAAAAAACACAAGCGGCGCUUAGCCUACACCCGCAGCGGUUUGGUGUAUAGCUUUGGGGGCUCCAAGGAGAAUGAGUACUGGAACUUUCCACUGCCUCCCAUCAGCCCCACUGUGCCCACCCUGACGGGCUCAGCCAGUGUCAUGGAUGUCUGGCCCCUCAAUUCCCAGGUCAAGAUGGUAUCAGAACCGGACUGUUCAAGGCACAGCCUUCCAGCCAGAUCAGGCAGUGAAGGCACCGAUCUUCAAGGCUCAAACCAAUCACUUACAACUCCUGAGAAGAUUGGGUUUUUUGGUAAACUCCUGGGGAGACGGCCACACAAAUCUUCAAACAUUGACUCUCCAUUUGAUAAAACUGGUAAAUCUGUAAUUUGAGUUAUUUGAAUACUGAUGGCUUAUGCACAGCUCCAGUUAAUAUUUUAUCUUUUGCAUAACUUCGACCUUUAUAUUUUUGGGUAAAACACAACAUUAAGAAGAUGCAUGGUCAGAUUUAUUGAAUGGUAUAAGGUAGAAAAUGUCCACUAAUCAAAUUAUUUAGGUGAAAGAAAUGAUGUACAGUUUUUGGCUUAUAAAUAUGCCCACUUUCUCUACAGUGGAGAAAACAAAUAUUGAACAUGCUAAUGUUUUUCCACAGUAAAUAUAUUUUUCAACAAACUGAUUGACAUAAAAUUCACUCCAAGCCUUUAUGGUUUAAGUUUAAAAUCGUUUUAGUGUGACUUAUAAGGAGUGAUUUUUAAAAACACUGAUUUUGCAUUUUGUAAGCAUGACUGUACUUGCCUAAAAAUAUGUGCAUAUGAAAAUCACACUAUUGUGGUUGCAAUGUGUUCUACACAGAAAAUCCACCUCUUCUAUAUCCUUUCAAGCUGUCAAUAAGAUCCAGAUAAAUAAAUAAAACUGAGUAUUUUUCCUCCUCAUGGAAAAAUUCUGCACAUUUAGGCUGAAAGUGAUUAUGGAGGCACAGAAACGUCCUUUCUGUAUUGACCGUUUGGAACUGCGUCACAUAAUCAUUCGAAGUGCUAUGACGGGUGUUUGGAAAUGAGAGACGGAGCAAAUGAAAUCGUUUUCCAAAGUUGUUUUUGCCAGUUUAUUCAUGGUUUACUUGUUCGAGUCGAGCUAAUUUGUCUGUGAACCUGGUUGGGGCUCACAGACGGCGGUAUUUACAAAAGUUGGAAAUAGCUAGCGUAGAAACCGACCCAUCAUACCUCCUCCCUCCUGAUGUGUUGAUCAAAUUACCGACUUUGCCUGAAUUCACACCACAUUAUUUAUUUCACCAUGUCAUAAACAGCGUUUCCCUUUACAUCUGAGCAGCCUUAAAAACGUACAAAAGACGAGAUGCUAACCAGUUUUUUCCAGACAUGUUAGGCUACCUGACGGUGCGGCAUUGUCGCCAUGGUUACCAACGGUUAGACACCUACUUUCUCCAUAAUGCGACAUCAGACCUUUCUAAUCAUACCGACUUAUAAAUUAUAAGAACAUUAAUCUUCUUACCUUGUAAAAAUGUUCGCUACAAAUCCGCGAAUACAUCAACAGCUGCCAGUCAUCAUUAUUGACAGGUGCAAGUCAUAAUUGUUGACGACUGCAAGUCAUUAGGCUGCUAUCCAUCUCUGCCGUACCUUUUCUCAUAAAAAGUUAUAAAAUAAAAUGACAAGUUUGAUUUCUAUCCUUGACCUGUUUGUGCAGCCGACUGCGCACAAACAGACAUCUGACCAUUUUUAAAGUGAAAUUAGCAAAAUAAAAGCGAUUUUAGAAUAUUGGCUGCCUGUUUUUGACAGGGUUUAAAGCAGGGGUGUCA